AUUUAUUUCAAAAAGAAAAGAAAUGUUUGUAAAUUCAAUUUUAAAAAAUUAGAACACAAAACAGAAAUCAGAAAUGAAGUGAAUUAGCCGGUUGCCGUUCUUCCUCCACUCAAAUCUCCGGCUUCCACCUUCUGCGAUCCUCUCGUUCUCCGAUCAACAGAUGCCGUUCAGUACGUUCAUUGAAGUGGAACCGCCCAGUCCACUCCGAUACAUAAUUGGGGCUGUUAUAAUGAUGAUCGGCGUCGUAUUGCCCCUUGGAUACAUGCUGCUCCGGAAUAAGCGUGGACCUUCUUCUUCUUCUUCUUACUCCAAACAGACGUAGGACCAAAGUUUUGAUUUAGCUGCAUAGAGAAAGAGACGCAUCCAUUUCAGUUUUGGGCUCUCGGCUAAUGGAGGAUGAUGCUAUUCAUAGGGUAAUGUAAAUGCAUUGAGAUUUCAAAUCUGUGUAAGCUGACGAUUCUGGUCCAAUUAUUGACCUUAAGGCGAUGCAUUUCAUCAUCGUUUUUCUUUGAAAUCAAUGUCAUACAACUGUAUUUCGUCAUUUUGUAUCGUUGAAGGAAUUAUGUGUGAUUACUGUUGAUAACCCGCAUUCAGUAUUUAUGAAGAUACGAACACAGAGCCGUGAAA